GGUGAAGGUGAAGCAGCUCCCAACAUCCCGCAGGUUUUCUCUCCUCAGAACCCCCGCGCGCCUUCCUUUUCGCCGGAUCGACGUUUCCCGAUUCCGUCGCGCUCGGUCUCGCCGAGCUCUCCGGUCGCAGGAUGCAAUAAAUUAUACUUGUCAGCUAAUUAAUCAUCAAUUAAGCUGAGGACUUCUAGAAUGCGGUCCUUCCUUCGCCUCAUUUCAAUAUUCUUCGUCCUCCUAAGCUAUUUGGAGAAUACAUUUGCUGGAAUCACUAGUACUUUCGUUCGAUCACAGUGGCCAUCAGUUGACAUUCCUCUUGAUAAUGAAGUUUUUGCAGUUCCAAAGGGUCACAAUGCACCACAACAAGUUCAUAUCACCCAAGGUGACUAUGAUGGAAAGGCUGUCAUUAUAUCAUGGGUCACAUCUGAUGAACCAGGAUCCAGUGAGGUACAGUAUGGCACCACAAAGGGGCAGUAUGAUCGUUCUGCUGAAGGAAAUGGUACAAGCUACACUUUUUACAAGUAUAAAUCUGGCUACAUCCAUCGUUGCCUGCUUGAUGGCCUUGAGUAUGAUACCAAGUACUAUUACAAAGUAGGAAGUGGUGUUUCUUCUCGAGAGUUUUGGUUUCAAACACCACCAACAAUUGACCCAGAUGCUUCAUACAAGUUCGGAAUAAUUGGUGAUCUGGGCCAGACUCAUAAUUCGCUUUCAACUCUUCAGCAUUAUAUGGUGAGUGGAGCACAGGCAGUCUUGUUUUUGGGGGAUCUUUCUUAUGCUGAUAGAUACAAGUACAAUGAUGUUGGGCUAAGAUGGGACACAUGGGGUCGCUUUAUUGAACAAAGUGCGGCAUUUCAGCCAUGGAUCUGGUGUGCUGGGAACCAUGAAAUAGAAUAUAUGCCUGACAUGGAGGAGAUUGAUACAUUCAAAUCCUAUCUGCAUCGAUAUCCAACACCUUAUUUGGCCUCGAAAAGCACCAGUCCUCUUUGGUAUGCCAUCAGACGAGCUUCUGCCCACGUAAUCGUGCUUUCAAGCUACUCUUCCUUUGUGAAAUACACACUUCAGUGGAUGUGGCUGCGAGAAGAAUUUAAAAGGGUAGACAGAGAAAAGACACCUUGGCUUAUUGUUCUGAUGCAUGUUCCUUUGUACAAUAGCAAUGAUGUACACUUCAUGGAGGGUGAAGGCAUGAGAGCAGUGUUUGAAAAGUGGUUUGUUCGUAACAGAGUUGAUAUUGUUUUUGCUGGGCAUGUUCAUGCUUAUGAAAGAUCGUAUCGGAUCUCAAAUAUACAAUACAAUGUCAGUAGUGGUGAUCGUGACCCUGUACCAGAUAAAUUUGCACCUCUAUAUAUUACUGUUGGAGAUGGAGGUAAUCAGGAAGGCCUUGCUGGAAGGUUUAGUGAUCCACAACCAGACUAUUCUGCAUUUCGUGAGGCCAGUUAUGGCCAUUCUACUUUGGAAAUAAAAAACAGGACUCAUGCAUUUUACCAUUGGAAUCGAAAUGAUGAUGGGAAAAAGGUGGCAACAGACUCUUUCAUAUUGCAUAAUCAGUAUUGGGUAAGCAGUUCCCGGCGAAGAAAACUAAAGAAGCGCUGUUCCAGGAGCAUUGCAAAGGAGAUUGUCACCGGCUGAUUUGAGGUUCAGUUGAGUCACAAGACAUUUAAGAUUAGAGUUGGCAGAGGGAAGUACUUGAUACAUAUGGUUGUUUAUAUGGGAGUUCAAGAUACAAAGUAAAAUUUUGUAGAAGAUUUAGAUGAUCUUCAUCAAUAGUUUCAUUAGCUCUAGCUAGCAUAUACGAACCAACAUUAGAUUCAUGGAUAACACAUAGUUUGUAUUUAAUAAUUUUUCUUCUCAAUCAUUGUAGUCCUCUGUAUCCUUUCUUUUCAGUGCACUGUGUAAUAAACUUAGGAAGGAAAUAUAUAUACUACUAUGUGAGAAAAGUUUUUGCUCUCAAAA